UCCAGCCUCUCGGCUGCCGCCCGCGUUGUCCCUGGCCCCGGGAGCCACCGCUGCAGCCCCUCGUGCAACCAUGGGGGACCUGCCCGGCAUUGUACGCCUCUCCAUCGCACUGCGCAUCCAGCCUAACGACGGUCCGGUCUUCUUCAAGGUGGAUGGGCAGCGUUUCGGCCAGAACCGCACCAUCAAGCUGCUCACGGGCUCCUCCUACAAGGUGGAGGUGAAGAUUAAGCCCACCACACUGCAGGUCGAGAACAUUUCCAUUGGUGGUGUGCUGGUCCCAUUGGAGCUGAAGUCCAAAGAGCCUGAUGGGGACAGAGUUGUUUAUACUGGAACCUAUGACACAGAAGGUGUGGCUCCAACCAAGAGUGGAGAACGGCAGCCCAUCCAGAUCACCAUGCCGUUUACAGACAUCGGGACCUUCGAGACGGUGUGGCAAGUCAAAUUCUACAAUUACCAUAAGCGAGACCACUGCCAGUGGGGAAGCCCCUUCUCUGUCAUCGAAUAUGAAUGCAAGCCCAACGAGACACGUAGCCUCAUGUGGGUGAACAAAGAGUCCUUCCUCUGAAGAGAGUCUCAGCUGGAGCUGCACAAUCUACUCUCAGACAAACCAGCACAAGCCUCAGGCCAGGCACCCCAUGCCAUUGCAGUGUCCUGUCUGGCACUGAUGAUCUCCUAGCCCUGGUGAUUGCGAAAGUGUAACUCCCCUCUGAUACAAAGUAUCCCUGAUGUAACAGAUUGUGAGAGUCUAAUUCCUGAGAAAAUUCCUUUUGGUAUUUUGUGCCGAUAUUCCUGCAUCCCAUCCAUCGUUCCCACUCUCCUUGUUGGCGGCUCCUGGUUAGAGUUCAGCAGAACUGGAAUGCUUGUGCUGGACUUCAGGAACCCACUGGUAUCUGUGGUGUUUUUCAGGUUGAGUGAUUCCCUCUUUUUCUGUUCAAAGUGUAACAACAACAACAAAAAGCAAUGUGUAUGGAUCCUCCCCUGUGUAAUAUAACAUGUAGCUUGCAAUGUCCAGCAGCUUCCAAACAGGCUUUGUGACAAUGUAAUGCCAACAGCAGUGAAUGGGACUCAAAGGUUGUACACCCCAUAAACAGCUCAGCUUCUGCAGGGAAGGAAAAUGAGAAAAUGAAAGAACAAAUACUUAAGUAUUUGUAACACAUAAAAACUCUUUCAAGUAACCUGAAAUAUUGAGCUAUGUAUGGCUCAGUCGAAAUGGAAAGAAAGCAGUGUAGACCAGGGUAAGGGUAAGCUAAGUAACAGGGAUUGCCGGGUCAUCCCUUGGCAAGCUCCUGUAGCGUUCAAGCAAGCAUAUUGUGAUGGCCCAACACUUCCUCUCACUUGAACUUUGGAAAACUGUAUGGGACUGCAAUUAACUUUUGAUAUUUCUUAAUAAAGGUAUUGAAAAUUG